CCUGCAAGAAGACCGGGAAGAUGGCGGCCUCCUGGAGGCUCGGCUGUGACCCGUCUUUGCUGCGCUAUCUCUUGGGCUUUGCCGGCCGGCGAAGCUUGGGGCUGGCAAAGGGCGCUGUUGGCUGCUCUGCUGGCCGUGGACCUAACUGGAAAUGGUUUCACAGCACACAGUGGCUGCGGGUUGAUCCUAUUAAGAUACUAAUGCCAUCACUAUCUCCUACAAUGGAAGAAGGAAACAUUGUGAAGUGGCUGAAAAAGGAAGGUGACACUGUGAGCGCUGGUGACGCACUGUGUGAAAUCGAGACCGACAAAGCUGUGGUUACCUUAGAUGCAAGUGACGACGGCAUCUUGGCCAAAAUAGUGCUUGAAGAAGGAACUAAAAAUAUUCGGCUGGGUUCACUAAUUGGUUUGAUGGUUGAAGAAGGAAAAGACUGGAAAAAUGUUGAAAUUCCCAAAGACGUAGGUCCUCCACCACCAGUUCCAAAACCAUCAGUGCCUGGCCCCUCACCAGAACCACAGAUGGCUCUACCUGUUAAGAAGGGUCCACCUGAUACAGUACAGUUCCGAGUAAGCCCAGCUGCGCGCAACAUUCUGGAGAAGCAUGCGCUGGACGCCAGCCAGGGCACAGCCACCGGCCCUCGGGGGGUCUUCACUAAGGAAGAUGCUCUCAACUUGGUCAGAUUGAAACAGACAGGCAAGAUUACAGACGCCAGGCCAGCCCCAGCUCCUCCCUCCACUCCCACAGUGUCUGUAGGCCUGCAGGUUGCUGCCACGCCAUCUUAUCCACGUCCAAUGAUCCCACCACUGUCAACUCCUGGCCAGCCUAAUGCUGUGGGCACAUUCACUGAAAUCCCUGCUAGCAAUAUUCGAAGAGUUAUUGCCAAGAGGUUAACUGAAUCUAAAAGUACUAUACCUCACGCAUAUGCCACAGCCAGCUGUGACCUUGGUGCAGUUUUAAAAGUUAGGCAAGAUCUGGUUAGAGAUGACAUUAAAGUGUCAGUAAAUGAUUUUAUCAUCAAAGCAGCAGCUGUUACUCUUAAGCAAAUGCCAAGUGUUAAUGUGAGCUGGGAUGGAGAGGGACCGAAACAGAUGCCCUCUGUUGACAUUUCAGUGGCUGUGGCAACAGAUAAAGGUUUAAUUACACCAAUCAUAAAAGAUGCUGCAGCUAAGGGUGUGCAGGAAAUUGCCAACUCUGUAAAGGUUCUGUCCAAGAAAGCACGAGAUGGAAAGUUGUUACCUGAAGAGUACCAAGGAGGAUCCUUUAGUAUUUCCAACUUGGGGAUGUUUGGCAUUGACGAAUUCACUGCAGUGAUCAACCCUCCUCAGGCCUGCAUCUUGGCUGUUGGGAGAUUCCGCCCUGUGCUGAAACUCACUGAGGACGAAGAGGGAAACCCCAGACUGCAGCAGCGCCAGCUCAUUACAGUCACGAUGUCAAGUGACAGCCGAGUGGUUGAUGACCAGCUGGCUACCAGGUUUCUGGAGAGUUUCAAAGCAAACCUAGAAAACCCUGUCCGACUUGCUUAGUUCUCAAAGAUGUGCUGUGCAUUGAAUGGUUGUUGCCACGGUAUAGUAAAACAGUUGAAUAUUUGAAUAUAAAGUGGACAAACUGUUUAUUUAUUUAAAGUAAAAGCAUUGACUCAA